AUGGACCAGGGCUUGGCGGGGGCGCUGGACAGCGCGUGGCUGUGCCUCUGCGGGGCGCUGGUGAUGUUUAUGCACGCCGGCUUCGCAAUGCUGGAGACAGGCUGCUGCCGCGCCAAGAACGCGUCCAACGUGCUCAUGAAGAACUUGGUCAACGUGUGUGUGGGCACCUUGGGCUGGUGGAGCUUGGGAUGGGCCUUUGCCUACGGCGCGCAGAACGGCAAUGGCUUUAUCGGCACCACCGGCUUCUUCGGCUGGGAUUUCUACAGCCAAGAUGCCACCACCGGGGUGAUCACGCCAGUCACCUGCAACGGGGAAGGCUGCCAGAGCACCAUGCUGAGCUGGUUCUUCCAGUGGGCCUUCUGCACAGCAGGCGCCACCAUUGUGAGCGGAGCAGUCGCGGAGCGUGUGAAGAGCCCCACCUAUGCCGCCUACGCCUUCUUCAUGACAAGCUUCAUCUACCCCGUGGUGGUGGCAUGGACCUGGGGUGGGGGCUGGAUUGCCAGCGUCUUGGACGUGGGCUACAUGGACUUUGCUGGCUCCGGUGUUGUCCACCUCACGGGCGGCGUCAGCGGCCUGGCCGGCACCAUCGUGCUGGGGCCCAGGAAGGGGCGCUUUGUGAAUCCAGAGGAGUUUGAGCCUCACAACCUGCCGCUGGUCGUGCUGGGCACCUUUGCGCUGUGGUUCGGCUGGUACGGCUUCAACCCAGGCUCCACCCUGGGCAUGCACGACGGGGCCACAGGCGCGCUGGCCGCACAGGUGGCCAUGAACACCACCCUGGCUGCGGCGACGGGCGGCAUCACGGUCUUCAUCCUGCGCUUCGCCAUCCUCAGGAAAUACGACGUGGGGGGCUUGUGCAACGGCAUUCUCGCCGGACUGGUCUCCAUCACUGCGGGCUGCGGCAAUAUGGAGUGCGGCUCCGCCUUCGCCACGGGGCGUCUUGCCGCAAGGAGCCUCCAUGCUGCUCCAGAAGCUGAAGAUCGACGACCCCGUGGACGCCGCGCCGGUGCACGGCUUCUGCGGCAUGUGGGGUUGCAUUGCUUGCGGCCUCUUCGACUGGGGCAAGGGCGUGGACCACUUCCACGGCUGGAGCGGCUGGGGCUGCAUGCAAACCGCGGACGAGAGCAGCUGCAAGACGGGCAUCGGCGGCACUGCCAUCGGCGCGCAGUUCAUCAUGAUCAUCAUGAUCAUCCUCUGGGCCGGCACCCUGUCCACGAUCGCCUUCUUGGUGCUGAAGCUCACAGGCAUGCUGCGCAUCAGCGAGGAGGUGGAGGAUGCUGGCAUGGACUCGCACCACCACUCCCCGCCGAAGGCCUACGCCUUGGCAGCAGCACCAGGGAAGGAGAUGGAGAUGGAGACGAACGAGGGCACCACGGUCUGAGGUUUUGA